AUGGCUGAAUCAAUUCCUAUGCACUCGCGGAGCCCGUCGACGCGUCUGGGAGGACGCGCCUACGCCCAUCAUAAUGACAACGACGACACGGAGACGGAAUACGACCGUCUCCGUGACCUGGCCCGGGCCGAGGCGUCGAAGAGGAACUCGUGCUUCGACCGGGCCCACCAAGCCUAUGAGAACGGCGACGGCGCCGGGGCGAAGCAGCUGAGCAACGAGGGCAAGGCCCACGCGGCCAAGAUGGAGCAGUACAACAAGCAGGCGUCCGAGUACAUCUUCCGCGCCAACAACUCGGUCGAGAAGGUCCCCGACGACACGAUCGACCUGCACGGGCAGUUCGUGGAGGAGGCCGAGGACAUCCUGGAGGCGCGGAUCCGCGACGCGCAGGCGCGCAACCAGACGCACCUGCACGUCAUCGUGGGCAAGGGCAACCACUCGGUCGGCCACGUGCAGAAGCUGAAGCCGCGCGUCGAGCACCUGUGCCAGGAGCUGGGCCUGCAGUACCGCACCGAGGAGAACGAGGGCCGCAUAUACGUGAACCUCCAGGGCCACGAGAUCCCGCACAUGCCCCCGCCGCCCUCCAACUACCACGGCGGCGGGUACGGCAACAGCGGCGCCCAUUACGGCGGCGGGCACGGCAAGCAGCACCACGGCCAGCCGGUGCACGGCCAGUCGCACCCCAGGCCCCCGGCCAACAGCGGGCAGGGCCAGGAGCAGCAGCAGCAGGAGGAGGACGGCACGGAGAAGCUCAAGAGGAAGGUCAUCGAGAAGCUCACCAAGAAGCUCGGCGACUGCUGUGUUGUUAUGUAA